AUGCAGCUCUCUCUGCUGGGUCUGGACAGCGACGAGGGCGCGUCUCUGUACGACAGCGAACCGCGAAAGAAGAGCGUGAACAUGACCGAGUGCGUGCCGGUGCCCAGCUCCGAGCACGUCGCGGAGAUCGUGGGGAGGCAAGGUUGUAAAAUCAAAGCGCUGCGGGCUAAGACCAACACUUAUAUCAAGACCCCAGUGCGCGGGGAGGAGCCUGUCUUUGUUGUGACGGGCAGGAAGGAAGAUGUGGCCAUGGCUCGGAGGGAAAUCAUCUCCGCGGCGGAGCACUUUUCCAUGAUCCGAGCCUCGCGGAAUAAAAAUACGGCGCUCAACGGCGCAGUGCCCGGGCCACCCAACCUGCCGGGGCAGACCACCAUCCAGGUGCGGGUGCCCUACCGCGUGGUGGGUCUCGUCGUGGGUCCCAAAGGCGCCACGAUCAAGCGCAUCCAGCAGCAGACACACACAUACAUCGUGACUCCUAGCCGUGACAAGGAGCCAGUGUUCGAGGUGACAGGUAUGCCGGAGAAUGUGGACCGCGCGCGGGAGGAGAUCGAGGCGCACAUCGCCCUGCGCACCGGCGGCAUCGUCGAGCUUACCGAUGAGAACGACUUCCACGCCAACGGCACCGACGUGGGCUUCGACCUGCACCACGGGUCCGGCGGGGCCGGCCCGGGCAGCCUCUGGAGCAAGCCGACUCCCAGCAUCACGCCCACCCCGGGCCGCAAGCCCUUCUCCAGCUACCGCAACGACAGCUCCAGCUCGCUGGGCAGCGCCUCCACAGACUCUUACUUUGGCGGGGGUACUAGCGGUAGCGCGGCCGCCACCCCACGUCUGGCGGACUACAGUCCCCCCAGCCCCGCGCUUAGCUUUGCGCACAACGGGAACAACAACAACAAUGGCAAUGGGUACGCGUAUCCGGCCGGGGACCUGCCCGGUCUGCAAUCCUCGGACACGUCGGGGUCCUCUUCGUCCUCCAGCUCGUCCUCCAGCUCUUCCUCUUCCUCCUCCGGGCUGCGGCGGAAGGGCAGCCGCGACUGCUCUGUGUGCUUCGAGAGCGAAGUGAUCGCCGCGCUGGUGCCCUGCGGCCACAAUCUCUUCUGCAUGGAGUGCGCCAACCGCAUCUGCGAGAAGAGCGAGCCUGAGUGCCCAGUCUGCCACGCCGCGGUCACGCAGGCCAUCCGCAUCUUCUCCUGAAGGCUUCCGCGCCUGCGCGCUGCGUGCACUGGGAGCUUGCUCCCCAGCGCCCGCCAGCCGGCCUCUGUGCAUCCCACCGUCCCUUUUUCGCCCACCCCGCACUCUGAGAUCCGAAGGGAGCUUGGAAAGCUGUAGUAUCCGCUCACUUUUAAAAUGUAAUUUUUGAGACAAAGGAACUUGCCAGCAUAUCUGCAUCGAGAGUACUGUAGCCUGGGAAAUAUGAACCACCCGAAAUGCAUGCUCUAUAAAUAAUAGGAACGGCGACAUUCUAGUGAUGAUAGUUUUUACACUGUACUUAAUAGGAAGCUUCCAAAAGAAGAGAACCCCACAAGUUUUCCAUUUUCUUAAAGUAGAAAAAAUACGAACAGUGACGAUGGAGUGAUAAUACUCGUGCUAUGGAAUGUGUGGACUGUCUCGUGUGUUCCCCUCUGUGGGUGGAUUCCUCCGAUGCUCAUUGUGGGACACAAGUGCAUCCUUUUUGAAUGUUCGUGGAAGGGCCAGGAGUUCCUGUGAAACCAGGAUACUGCAGCUUUAUUAAAGAAACUGUAACAUAUCUCUUAUAUAUUAAAAACCUUUAAAAGUUUUAAAGAGAAAUUGCA